GUGCGAAUUCCGAAUUCAGUUGUUUUUGUAUCGUAAAAAGUUUCGUCGGUCAGUUCGGUGCGAAUGAGCUUUUCGGCGUGUCGCGUAAGUUUUUCGAAAGCUUGAAGUCGGCAUUUCACGUUAUUUUGAAAUGCUUUUUCUAAUUUCUCUAUUACUAUAUUCGGUGUUGCAGUGUUAUACCGCUCAAUUAGCCAUCAAUGUUCGAAACCAGGGAGGAGAAGUUCUCCAAGAAACUAUUUCAGCCAAUUUGACCGCAGAUACUGUUACUUUGGAAUAUCAGAAUUCUGAUGGCACUUUGGUCACUCAAUUCAUCGAUUUUAAAAAGGAGGUUCAGAUUUUAAAAGCCCUCGUGUUGGGAGAAGAAGAAAGAGGGCAGAGCCAGUACCAGGUAAUGUGUUUCGUUACACAUAUACCACGUCAAGAUUUCAUUUCUGCGGAUGCCAUGUCCAAGUUAAGACAGAAAAAUCCUGGCACUAUUCGAGUUGCCGAAAACGACGAAGGAGUCAAGAAUAAGACUUUAGGAAUAUCCCUGUACCUUCCAGAAACUGGACUUAUUUCAAAGUAUGUGAAGUCGAUGUGCACGGAAGCCAUGGAUUUCACUUACUCCAGCUACUCAGACAUGGAAACGUGGAGCUCGUUAAGAGGUGUGCCUAUAUCGAAGCUAAUGGUAGCGGUGAAGUACUACAGAAAACCGCAAGAGGAAACGAAAUGCUCGGACGUUAGCAACUUGUGGUCAUCAUGUUUAUGUCGUUUGGAACUCCAUAUACCAUGGUACCCGUGCGGCCUGAAAUUCUGCAAAAGUUCCAACUUGUCGGCGGAAAGUUACCGAUGUGGUAUUAAAACCUGCCGAAGAGGUUUCAGGUUUUCGUAUUUUGUUAAAUAUAAGCAGCUAUGUUUAUGGGACGAAUGAACGGACCAAUAUGACGUCACCGACGUCAAAGGCUUUGAUUUUUAAGCGACCAUUUUACAUUAUACGUUUGUAAUAAUCAAAAUUUUCAAAUCAAAGUAACUCGUAUUUACGAGCGACGUGUGUGAAAUUUAUAUUCGCGUGUGAUGAACGAGUUGCGAGUUUUAAUAUUGCAUACAAGCGUGAUUGUAGCUUUCAUUUUUUGGUAGCUGAGGCGAACGAUGCCGGCGACGUUUUGUUUUAAUUAUCGCUAUAGCCGGGCUUGUUUUCUUUCUUUUUUUUCUUUUUUUUUUUUUGGUUAUGUUUUUUGUUUAUAACCGAAUCGCUGAAAUAAAAUCCGGAGUGUAACAUACGUAGCUUCCGAUAAUUAUGGGGGUUUUAUGCGAUAGAAUACGAGUAUGUUAUGGUUGAGAUGAGCGAUACGUGAAUUACGUGUUUAUGGAAGGCUAUGUGUUGAAGAGGUUUCGUAUCAAUGGUGUACCGGGGUAAGUUGGGAUUUUUAACCUCCCCUCCCCUCCCCUCCCCUCAUCCCUUUCCCAUUAAAAAAAAACACGUGAAAAAUCCAUUUUCAGUUUUCUUUGAUCAGAAAGUUUUCAAUUCGAUUUUAAAUUUCAAUCUACGUGCACCAAAGUUUUUAUUUGCGCAAGAAUGUGAUUAAAAAAUGUGAAGUGCUGAAAAAACGAAAUAAUUAUUAGAAAAAUAUGAAAUUAUUAAAUCAUGAGUGGUUACAUUACAAAUGUGUGAACGUGAAGAAUUGAAGAUUCUAAGGGAAAUUUAAUUAGUUUGGUAUCUAGAACCCGUGUUGAAAGUUCUCGAUAUUCUGGAAUAUUCUUCAUUUUUGAUUUUCUCGAAUGAUCAGACGUGAGAAGGGAGGCUCCAAUGUUUCCUUUGCCUUUUUUCCUCCGUAUUAUCUUCGAUAUGUUAGGUACCUCUGUACACCUUGUGCAUGUUAUAGACUGGUUUUUACGUUUUUCUACUUACCCCUUACCUCUCUUCGCCCUACCUCGUAAUUUCAUAUUUUGCUGUAUCCUUUGUACAAAAUGAAAGUAAAUUGUUCGGUGGUUUGUGUUGAAGUUCUCUGCAAGAUGUACCUAAUAGUUUUGAACUUCAGGUGACUAGAAAUAAUAUUGAAUGAUUGGAUAUGUUCAAGUUUUGACGUUAAAAUGCCAAUUUCGAUGACAGAUGGUCAUAAAGAAAAGCAUUGGGCAAAUUUUAAUGAUUGUUGGCUUAAUUUGUCUGUCCUCGAGUGAAAGUGCAAUAACCUUAUACUACGUGAGACAAACAUGUAGGUAUGUAUUGUGUGCAGGUCAAGUUCGUGAUGGAUGAUUUUGUGAUGGUGACAAUUGUAUUGACUGCUAUCUCACCAUUGUUUGGUUUCCUACGUAAAAGACCGUAAAAACGUUCGUUUUUCUGAAGAUAUACCUUAGGUCUCAAGUGCGCGAGUUCAUUGCACGACGCAGGGAUGAUAUUGUUUUCCUUGAUGCCUUUGACCUACCUUUACCCUACUUUUCACGAUUCACUUUGCGUUGAUCAUUAAUCAUCAUUAUAGUCCUACCUGCUACCAGCUAUCUGCUAUCUACUACCGCGGAUGGCCAGUGAUGAAUGAUUUUUUUCUCUUAUCUCUUGUCGACAACAUGCUCCACACAAAGUCUCGAUAGAAUUUCCAAGUUCAUCCAAUUAAUUGUUUAGUGUUCUACUUCGACGCUUGCUUGUGUGAGAGAUUCCCUCCAAAAUACUGUCACGUGUCUGAACCCUUAAGGUUUGUAACCUUGUAUGUACUUUUCUUCGAAAUGCACUAUUGUAGUGUGUGCUUCCACGUUGGGUAUCAGAAUAGGCAGAGACGUACUUGAGCGAUAUUUGUUUUUUAAACCAAUUUUUUGAGAUGAAAUGUAGAGUUGAUGUGGAAGAAUAAAUCUUCUAUUCUAUUCGAAUCGUUUUGUUCAAGGACUGAAUCUGAAUUUAAUUGUCAUUUCAACAAGCUGUCGCUAAAGUCGUACUUUCCUCAGCAGCUUCGUGUUUGUGUCGAAGAAAAGAUAUUAAGUAGCCCUACAUUUACUUGAGCUACUCUUGUGCCAUAUCAAUAGCGCAUGAAUGAUGAAUAGGUAAAUCUAGUUUGAAGAAGACGCUGACUUGAUUUGUAUGUAUGAGUGAGUUGAUUGGUAUCGUACUGGAAGCGAUGGAUAGCUUAAUUGUAUUUGUGAUUUGAGCUAUUUGUGAUUGCAGCUUAUUUUAACGCUUGGAAAGUUGGCAAAAAGUUGUAAUGUGAAUGAAAAACGUAUGAAAUUCAUCAUGUACGUAAAGGUUGGUAGCAGAGAACGAUCAGCUAUCUACAGGGUGGUCGAAAAGUGAACAAUAACCUGAAAGUUUGAAUUUUUUGCCACCAAUCAGAAUAGAAAUUACCGUUAUCCAAAUCGAUCAUUUUUUUUCAAUUCAGAAUGCAUCUCAUGAAAUUGUGUUUUCAAAUUUAUUUUGUAUUUUGAAAAAAAUUGAAAAUGAAAACAGCUAGAAUGAAAUUUCAGCGAGGGACAAGGUCGUCUAGUGCGAUCGUAUCGACUUUUCAAGAUCAUUAAAAGCAAUUAUUCACCAUUGUUUUUUCAUUUUCAAGUUCUGAUUGAAAAAAAAAUUUGAAAAACAGACAAAACAGAAAACAUUUUGAUCAUCUGAACUGAAAAAAAUAAAAAAAUAACAAUAAAUCUUGAAAAUGUCUGUUGACAGUUCUGUUAAGUUACAAUUACUGUUACCCCUUCGAUGUGGAAUUUUUAAAAUAAUUUUUUUUUGGAUCACUUUCAAAAUACGAGACUUGAAAAAAUUAGAAUUUUUUAGCGAACCUGAAAUGUGUUUUAAAUGGUCAAAUUGGUUAAAAGUGUGGAUAAGUAUUGAAAUGAUGUAUGUACAAAUAAAAAAAUUGUGCUAAAAUUCUUUUUUAUAGUUUUGGAAAAGUUGUUAGAAAUUUUCUAAUUUAAUCUUGGGUAUAAAAUGAACAAAUUACUUACGUAAAAUCUGAUCUAAUCACAGUAGAAAGCUACGUUUUUUUAUGUUGAUGAUUGAAAUAAGUUUUGGGUCUCGAAGGCGUGAGUGUACUAUUUAUUCUUUGAAGUUGACCAAGAUUGCGUUUAUUUUAAUUUAAGACCAGUUCGGAGUCCUCAAAUUUGGCUCAUUUUACUGAUAAAUCGUUUAUAGUUCUCAUAUUUUUUCUUUUCUUUUCAUUGACUUGGAUUCUAGCCUUUUAAUGAGAUGCAUUCAUUUUUUAAACCACGCACUCGUGGGAAAAAUUCUCACCGAAGAGUUGCCAAUUGUCCGUCGUCUCGACGCAGUCUUUUCUUUAUUCACUCGUCAUUUUCACCCUAUCGUUGACUAUUUUCUAAAGAGUGUCUGGUUCACUGUUGUAUUGUCUCGACUGAUAAUGAAUGUGCCUAGACCUACAGCGGCGUUUGAAGGUGCCUCUUUAUAGUGCCAGGAAUAUUGUACGCACAUUUGUAUUAUUUAUAUCAAUAUAAUUCUACUACCGGAUGAAGACAAUUAAUGAUGGAUAAUGUCGAACCGCGAAGAUUCGUUUAUAUGUACCUAGCUACCUACUUGAGAGACAAAUGAAUUUGCUUUGAGUUGGAAAUUUUUCAAGCGACGAGUAUUAAAAAAAAGCGCAACACGAGGCCCAUAGGUAAAGGUAGUAUACCUGUUGCUCGUCUGUUAUAAUUUUAGGUCGCGAUAAAGGUUGAAAAUUAUUUCAUAUCGCAUAAUAUGUACACGUAUUGUUGUAUGUGCUAUACCCAGACGCUGAAAAAGUCUAAUUCGAUGAGGUGGUUUUGAAAUCCACCCAAGAUGAAGUUUUAUUCGAGUGUAGUCAAAAAGAGGCGUGAAGUUGAGUAAGAGUAACAGAGAGAAAUACGAGUAGACGGGCUUUUCUCGACGUAUGCUUCGCCAUGUUUGAAGUAUAAACCCCACUAUCGUUUGUAAUUUGUAACAAAAUUUAUAACAGAAAACGCACCGAAUACGAGUAUACGAGUAAUAAUAAAGUUGUUUGAAAUUAUUCAUGUGUGAUGGGGGCGCGUGCCACGCUUCGCAAUAUAAGUUUAAUUUUCUCGCGUCGGUUUUAAUUAUCGCCGAAGCCGGACUGAGAUUGGGGUUUGAGGUUUUUGCAGACUUGUCUGAUACGAUGAAAUUAUCGUUUUAGAGUGUUCGAUAAUUAGUUUAUAUAUAGCAGAAUAUUGUGGUCGAAGCCGAAAUCGGCGACGAUGGCCAUGCAUUUUUUUCCAAAGCGUACAUUCGAUAGACUGGUUUUAUGUAUUAUCGUAUAUUUUUUUUCUAUUUUAUAUCGUUUAUAUGUGAAUUGUGUAUAUUAAACUUUUUUGUUUUGUUA